AUGGAAAGAGUCAUUCCUCUCGCUCGCACUCUCAUGCUCUCUCCAUCUUAACGUUCAUCCUGCUGCUGCCUGCGCUCCUCUGUCUCUCACCUCCCCUUUUUACCUCUCCGUCUAUCUGUCCCUCCUCCUCUACCCCCUCCUUUCAGCCUCUCCCUCUCCCUCUCUCUCUCGCUCUCAAAUUCUCUUACAUACACUCAGACACACACGCCUUCUCUCUCUCGCACACUUAUAUAUAUAUACAUAAACACACACACGCCACACACAUGCUCACGCACACACACCCGGUUCAUCAGAGCCCAACAUACCUGUGCAGGCUGUUGGGGGGGGGAGCGCGGUGCCGGAGGGGCUCUUUGCGGCGUCGUUGUCUCUGAGGGUGCUGUGCUAUCAUUUGGGGAAGAAGCGGGUCUCAGUUGUUUUCUCUUUCCUCUUCCUCUCAUUCCUGGAAUGCUAAAACUGGACUGAUGGACAUUUCCGAACUUUGUCUUCCAGACCCUCUCAGCUAUCAUAACCAGGCUUUGUUGUCCAAAUCAUUAGAGAGAUUCCUGAGUCCAAUGGCCACGCUGGAGACCUCUCAUUUCUGGCUGCUGAAUAGAAUGGCCGCUGAUGAACGGCAUCUACCGUCUAGCUGUGGGUCCUACAUCAAGACAGAGCCAUCCAGCCCCUCCUCGGUCAUCGACACGGUCAGCCACCACAGUCCCAGCGGAAAUUCGGACGCCAGCGGCGGCUAUGUCAGUACCAUGAACAGCCACUCUAACGGCCUGGACUCUCCACCCAUGUUCACCCCUGGUGGACUCGGCGCCGGCUCCUGCCGCAAGCGCUACGACGAUUGCUCCAGCACCAUCAUGGAGGACUCGUCCAUAAAGUGCGAAUACAUGUUAAACUCCCUCCCCAAGAGGCUCUGCCUGGUCUGUGGAGAUAUAGCCUCGGGGUAUCACUAUGGGGUAGCUUCUUGUGAGGCCUGCAAAGCCUUUUUUAAAAGGACAAUACAAGGUAACAUAGAAUACAGCUGUCCUGCCACAAACGAAUGUGAGAUCACAAAACGGCGACGCAAAUCAUGUCAGGCUUGUCGCUUCAUGAAAUGCCUCAAAGUGGGGAUGCUCAAAGAAGGUAAGAAGAGGGUUCGUUUGGACCGUGUGCGAGGGGGCAGACAGAAGUACAAGCGGAGGCUGGACACAGAAAACAACCCAUACCUGGGCUUGACACUCCCCCCUCCUACUAAAAAGCCUCUCACAAAGAUAGUGUCUCACCUGUUGGUGGCCGAGCCAGAAAAGAUCUACGCCAUGCCUGACCCGACCAUGCCAGAGAGUGACAUCAAGGCUCUCACCACGCUGUGUGACCUGGCUGACCGCGAGCUCGUGGUCAUCAUUGGCUGGGCCAAACACAUCCCAGGCUUCUCCACCCUCUCUCUGGGAGACCAGAUGAGCUUACUGCAGAGCGCCUGGAUGGAAAUCCUCAUCCUCAGCAUCGUGUUCCGCUCGUUGCCAUACGAGGAUGAGCUGGUGUACGCCGAGGACUACAUCAUGGAUGAGGAGCACUCGCGGCUGACGGGUCUGCUUGACCUCUAUGUCUCCAUCCUGCAGCUGGUGCGGAAGUACAAGAAGCUCAAGGUGGAGAAGGAGGAGUUUGUGACCCUCAAAGCCAUCGCUCUCGCCAACUCAGACUCCAUGCACAUAGAAGACAUGGAGGCGGUCCAGAAACUGCAGGACGCUCUCCACGAGGCCCUUCAGGACUUCGAGAGCAGCCAGCAUCAGGAGGACCCGCGACGGGCUGGCAAGCUACUCAUGACGCUGCCCCUACUGAGGCAGACUGCAACUAAGGCUGUGCAGCACUUUUACAGCAUUAAGGUGCAGGGCAAGGUGCCCAUGCACAAACUCUUCCUGGAGAUGCUGGAGGCCAAGGUCUGAUUGGAGGCUGAGGGCUGCAACAAGAAGACAGAGAGUGACUUGAAUCGUGGCUGAGGGAUCUCAGGAGACAGAAUCGGCCAUGUAGUUUGCAAAGCAGAGACUGACAACUCCUCCUCUUUGUGGAACCUUGGGACUUUAAAUUCAAAAAAAAAAAAAAAA